AUGUCCGAUCUACGUGACGAAAAGGCGGCGUUGAGCGACCCAAAGACAUCGUCGGCGGCCAAAGUGGCCGUUGACCCGGUCUUUGAAACAUCAGAGAAGCUCUUUGUGGGCGGCCUUGACUCAGACAGCCCAGACGGGACCAAGAGGAACUCGGUCGACGACUCGGAGCCAGAAUAUGACUUCAAAUCCGCAGAGUUCGCCAACAUCCCGGAACUUGUUCGAACUGUUGUCGGAUUCGAGGAUGACCCCUCGUUGCCCGUGAUAACCUUUCGAUCGCUUCUUUUGUCGACAGUCUUUUGCAUCAUCGGGAGCACCGUCUCUCAGCUGUCCUACUUCCGAACAACCACGGCCCCGUUCCCCGUCUUUUUCGUCAUCUUGGCUUCGGCGCCUCUCGGCCGCUUGCUCGCAAGGGUUCUGCCAGACUACACGGUGCCUCUGGGCAGGUUUUCGUUCUCGCUUAACCCGGGGCCGUUUUCGAUCAAGGAGCAUGCUAUCAUCGGCAUCGCUGCCAAUGCUGGCAGUCAAGGCCAAUGGGCAACUUUCCUGCCGACUAACGCGGCGCUCUACUACGGCAUCACUAUGAACCCAGCAGUUGCGCUCUUCUUUGGAUGGGGCGCUUCGCUUCUCGGCUUCUCGUUUGCAGCAAUGGUCCGCAAGAUUCUGAUUGACGAUCCCGAGUUUAUCUUCCCCCUUUCACUGCAACAAGUUACUCUGUACAGAAGUAUGCAGGGAAAGACCGAGCUCCAUAAGAGCGUGUCCAAGAAACAGAUGAAGGUGUUUUGGUGGAUUUUGCUGGCUACAUUCAUUUGGCAGUUCUUGCCGGAAUACCUCUUCCCUUUCGUUGCCGCACUUGCACCUCUCUGCUGGUUUGCGAGUAAAAACCACACCGUCAACUUCUUAGGCGCCGGUAGGGGAGGAAUUGGGCUUCUCAACAUCACGCUCAACUGGUCAAACAUCACAUCUACCGUCAUCACCUACCCUUACAGUGUUCAGGUCACCGUAUUUGUGGGAUUCGUCAUUACCACGUGGAUCUUGAUCCCAGUAGCGUACUUUGGUGAUCUCUGGGGGUCUCCAACAUACAACAUCAUGUCAAACGGCGUGUUCCAAAAGAAUGGAUCCGCUUAUCCCUUUGAGUCUCUCAUUUACACGGACUCGAGUGGUGUCCAGCAUGUGAACGAAACGGCAUAUCAUGAGGUUGGCCUUGCCUACUCUGGUGCACAGUACACUUGGGAAAUCUUCAUGUGGUACGCGUCGUACAUCUCAUCUUUUGUUUGGUGCGGUCUAUUCUUAGGUCCAAAGGUUGCAAAGAUCUGGAAGGCAAGGAAGGCCGAAGGCGAGUACCAUCAAGAUCGUUUAAGGGAAUGGGGCAUUCUGACUGCGGUACCCAUCGGGAUCUUGUUGGUCAUCGUGGCUACAAAGUCUGUUUGGAUGCCCACUUGGACCUACUUCGUUGCUCUCGGUUUCGGUGGUGCCGCCAUGCUUCCAAUGAGUUUAGUCUACGCCAUGUCGGGCUACUCGAUCAAAGUCGGUUUCUUCAACGAGCUCAUCUAUGGAUACAUGAUUGAUGCACCGGGAUCAUCUCGACAUCCUCUCGGCCAACUUGCGUACCGCAUCAUCUCCGGCAACGUUUGGUACGAUGCUCGCACAGUUCUGGAGGACCAAAAAAUUGGGCACUAUCUUCAUCUGCCUCCCAGACAAGUCAUCGGCAUCCAGAUCAUUGCCAACAUGAUUGCGCUCCCCAUCAACUAUGGUGUCAUGCGCUGGGUCAUCGCUUCAAAGUUCGACUAUGUAAGCGGGCGGGUACCAGACCCUCAGGGACAAUGGACAGGUCAAGAGUUCAAGAGCUACAACACCGCCGGCAUCCAGUACGCUCUUGUCGGCCCGAAGAAGCUAUUCGCAUCAUCAUUCUUCAAGCCUGUACUGUAUGGCUUCCCUGCCGGUGCGAUAGCGCCCAUUAUCAUUUGGCUGUUGCAUAAGAAAUUCCCCAAGGCCCGAUUCGACCUCUGGAACUCGACAAUCUUCUUCGCCAGCGCCGCCACCUUUCACGGAAACCUUAGCACCGGGCCCUUUACCACGUUCCUCGUCGGAACGUUCUUCAACUUCUACUUGUACCGAUACAGACGGGCAUUUUGGAAUAAGUGGGCUUACAUUAGCGGUGCGGCGUUGGACACCGGGUUCAACGCCAACUUGUUGUUCAUCUUCAUCUUCCUUGGCACGACGGGUGCCGUCAUGGUGAAAUGGUGGGGAAAUAAUGCGGACAACAUCGAGAGAUGCUUUGCCUUGAAGAAGUAG